UUCGAAUGAAAGCUGGCGUUGCAUAUAAAGUCGACAGUGUAGUAUGGUGUUUCUUGCUUCCUAACAAUUGCACCUUUCAAUACAAGAUAUAAAUUACAUUUGACGCGGCGUGUAAAUGAAAAUGUGGACAAUAUUGGUCGCGUUCGGGUAUGUGGCCAGCGUAACUGGCCAUGAUCUCGGAGGUGAUCAAACUCCACUGUCGGGACCUCAUGGAUCCCUAUGGUAUAAUAACCUUCCAGGAGACGGUGGGAAACAGGCAGAUUCCGUGUUCAGCGGAAUAUCUACCUUUGGACGUCUUCCCUUCUUUCCGUGCCUAAGCUCGAAUGAUGUAUCAUACGACCUUGCGUUUAUCGGCGCCCCUUUCGAUACGGGAACAUCGUAUCGUCCCGGCGCUCGCUUUGGGCCUUCGGGAAUCCGGCAAGGGUCUCGACGGCUGAAUCUUUAGUGAGUGAAUACUGCUUUUUCACCAGCUUAGCUCCUACGUCCCUCAGAAUCUAACGUAACCUCAGCGGUGGAUAUAAUGUACCUCUGAAGACGAAUCCUUUCGACUCAUGGGCGACCGUCUUA